AUGCCUCCCAGCAGACCGCGCACCAAGACCUUUACCGGCUGCUGGACCUGUCGCAAGCGCCACGUGAAAUGCGAUGAGCAGCGGCCGGAGUGUGCGCGUUGUCGCCGUGGUGGUCGAGUGUGUCAGGGGUACGGCGUGCGGUUGGGAUGGACGAAUACAGACGUGACGAUGGCGCAGCAGCGUCGACAAUUGCGUUCGUCUAUUAGAACCCCCCCGGAGCUCUCUACAGACGUUCUGGAAGGGCUAUUGGCGGACCUGGAUCAAUGCUCCAACCCGACGGGGUCUUUGCAGCGAGGCCCAUUCUCAGUCUUUGCUGUGUCGCUUCCUCACAAGUCUGGGGGUUGUGACCUGAGAGAGGAAAUCUCGAGUGAUAUACAAGGUCAGAACGAUAGAGAGGAAGAAAGUUUGUCUGCGGCCUCAAUAUCAGACACAGAGACUGUGUUGGGCAUGCCAGAGUCGUCAACAUCUUGCGCUGCCUCUUCAGAUCUCCCCAUUGCUGUACCCUCAUAUCCCUCUCUCCCUUGUGCUGACAGUCUCAACCGGCCACUAUUGAAUACGGCCCCUUCGGAGCGAACCGAGCCGAACGACUCUGCUCUGUCGAUUCCCCAAAUGCUCAAUCCGAGCCCCAUCCCAGCCCCAGAGAUUGAGCUGAUCCACCACUGGGUCGUCUUCCUAAGCGGCAACAUGCUCCUCAUCGAUACUCCCGACAAUGCCUGCCGGACUGUAUUCAUGCCGUUGGCACUGGAAGGUCUGAACGCACCUCCCCAGUCCGCAAACAUGCACCGGGCUGUCUUCCACGCCAUCUGCGCCGCGUCCGCAUUCAGCUUAUACCACCUGGCUGGCCAACCUCGCUUCCAGUCUCUCGCAGUCAGCCACGACCAACAGGCCCUGCGGCAUCUACGCGAGACGCUUCACCCAGGUCGCCGUCUAGAUGAGACAACCCUGACCGCGGUAUUGUCCUGCAUCACGGCCGAGGCCAUGUCCGGUCGGCGCGGACGAUGGCGGGCGCAUGUCGCCGGCGGCCUGGGACUGCUCGAGGAUGCCGUCAGGGUGGGCUGGACACAAACCGCCACGACAAUGCGUCUGCUACAAAGCUACCUGUCGCUAUCCUCCCUCUGUAACCUCCGUCUCUCGUCGCGGCUGGCCUCACUGCUCAACGGACCCCCCGAGUGCCGCUACUAUCUCGAACGCUCGCACGGAGUCACUGUUUCGCUGGUGCAGUUCCUAGCGCACAUCUCGGCCCUGCGAGACUCGAUCGAUACGGUCAGCUCCGCGGAGCUCGACCACCUCGAGCUGCAGCUGUACUUGAAGUUUCCCAGCGCACCCGUGUCGGAGAACGUCGAGGCGACAGUGAUCCAGCACGCGCUCAACUCCUUCUACUACGCCACGGUGAUCUACUUCCGGCGCACCCUGCGCCGCGCGACGCUGGCCGACGUGCAAGAUCUUGUGGAAAAAGCUGUGCAGGACCUCGAAGCGGCAGAGGCGCUCACGCACCACCACGGCGGGUGUGCGUAUAACUGGGCUAGUUUCGUGGUCGCGGCCGAGUGCGAGAGCCCAGACCUACAGGCGCGGACGCUGGCCUUGUUUGAGAGCAAACGGCGCCACGGGAUCAAGAAUAUACAGGCUCUGGCCAGCGAUAUACCCACGAUGUCACGCCGUGAAUCCCCCGUCCACCACCAAGGCCGUGCCACACAUGUAGCUGCUCAUCGGCGACACCAUGAACAGGAUGGAGUCGGCGAUCUCCUCGACAGUCGCUGGGCGGCUGAUCGGGGUGUUCUGGAACACGGCGUCCAUGGCGCCGGACUCGAUGCCCUUGCGGAUCAUGGGAGUGUUGACCCAGCUGGAGUCCGGUUAGCUGUGAAGCGAUGUAUAGAUAUGGGAUACUCACCCCGGGCAGAUGGCGUUGAUGCGGAUGCCUUCUUUAGCCUGUUAUGCUCACUCCUGCUUCAUCAUCUGGCGGAUCACAGCGCGCUGGCACAACCAAACCCCCGUCUGAUUGAUAUCAAUGACCUUCUGCCACUCGGCCAGACCGUGUUCAUGCGUGAACGCAGGCGUUCCGCUGAUGCCCGCCGCAUGCACAGCAAUAUCAAUGCGGCCAAACUUCUCUGCGACCCUCUGUACGGCCUCAUCAACGGCCGCUUCCUUCGUCACGUCGACUUCCAGGAUCUCAACAGCGACAGAGGGAAACUGCUCGAGCAGCUCGGCGCGCGUGGCCUCCAGCUGAGCGAACUGCACAUCCAGGAGAGCCAAGGCCGAGACACCAUUCUUGGCCAGCACGAAAGCUGUUCCUUUUCCGAUGCCUGUCGAGUCUGUGUUAACCGUCGAUACAGCCACGUCGACGUGCAUAUCGCUCGUGCUCUCAACGUCUACAACAAUAAAUAG